GCGGAGGGCGGAAUCGGGGCGGAAACGGAAGCGCGCCCUCAUCCAGGAAGAACAGACAGCGCUCGCGUCUGCGUCGUCUGCUCUCUGCACACUCCUGAAGCGGCGGAUCCCCGAAUCACUGCUCGACCCGGUUCAGCAGGCAUGGCAGAGUUGGCGAGUCUGGUGCAGCGGCUGGAGGUGGCGGUGGGCCGGCUGGAGUCCCUGUCGGGCGGCGGCGGCGGUGGAGGCUCCGGCGGUGGAGCGGACUCCCAGCUGGUGUCCGACUUCGACGCCAUCAUGGAGGGACCGCUGGCCGAAUACAUGUCGCUCAGCCAGAAGAUCGGAGGAGACGUCCUGAAGCAUGCGAACAUGGUGAAGCAGGCGUUCUCCAGUCAGAGGGAGCUGAUCCGGAUGGCCUCGUCCUCCCAGAAGCCCUCCGACGCGGUCCUCACCUCCCUGCUGCAGCCCGUCUCCAGAGCCAUCCAGCAGGUCCAGAGCUUCCGGGAGCAGAACCGCACCUCGCCGCUCUUCAACCACCUGUCGGCCGUCAGCGAGAGCGUGCCGGCGCUGGGAUGGGUCGCCAUGGCUCCGAAGCCCGGCCCCUACGUUAAAGAGAUGCAGGACGCCGCCAUGUUCUACACCAACCGCGUGCUGAAGGACUACAAGGAGAAGGACAAGACCCACGUGGACUGGGUGAAGGCGUACCUCUCCAUCUGGACCGCCCUGCAGAGCUACAUCAAGACGCACCACACCACCGGGCUGGUGUGGAGCAAGUCUGGCCCCGUCGCCUCGGCCUCUGCCGCCCCCCCUCCCCCCGCCGGCGGUGCUCCUCCUCCGCCUCCUCCCGGACCUCCUCCUCCUCCCUCCAUGGACACCAGCAGCUCCUCGUCCUCCGGCGCCGGCGGGGAGGACCGGAACGCUCUGUUCGCCUCCAUCAACAAGGGCGCGGACAUCACCAAGGGUCUGAAGCACAUCGGCGACGACCAGAAGACCCACAAGAACCCGGCCCUGAGGGGUCAGAGCGGCCCGGUCCGGAGCGGUCCCAAGCCCUUCUCCUCCCCCCGGCCGGCGGCGGCGGCCCCGGCCCCGGCCGCCAAGCAGCCCCCCGUCCUGGAGCUGGAGGGCAAGAAGUGGAAAGUGGAGAACCAGGAGGGAGUGCAGGACCUGGUGAUCAGCAACACCGAGCUCAAGCAGGUGGUCUACGCCUACAAGUGCAACAAGAGCACACUGCAGGUCCAGGGCAAGAUCAACUCCAUCACUCUAGAUAACUGUAAGAAGAUGGGCCUGGUGUUCCACGACGUGGUCGGCAUCGUCGACAUCAUCAACUGCAAGGACGUUAAGGUCCAGGUGAUGGGGAAGGUCCCGACCAUCUCCAUCAACAAGACGGACGGCUGCCAUGUUUACCUGAGCAAAGACUCGCUGAGCUGCGAGAUCAUCAGCGCCAAGAGCUCCGAGAUGAACAUCCUGGUGCCCAACAAGGACGGAGAGUUCACGGAGAUCCCGCUCCCCGAGCAGUUCAAGACCGUCUGGGACGGCAGCAAGCUGGUCACCACGGCGACGGAGAUCGCCGGAUAAACCCUCUUCUUCCUCCACCACCACCUCCACCCCCAUGCUUUCCUUUAUCCCCUCCCCCCCCCCCCCCCCCCCCCCCCCCCCCCCCCCCCCCCCACAGCUCAGAUCCUCCGUCAGCCAAUCAGAGCCCAGCUCCGCCAACCAAUGGGAGGACAGCGUCGGCGGGAGCGGCGUCGCUCCAAUUCGGUCCCAAAAACGAGUUUUGCCAACAGCUGGACGCUCUCAGCCUGCGGUUUUCUAAUCUCUCCGGAUCAUGCGAAGCUAAAUUGCGUAGCCAAUGAGGAGCUCCGCUCCUCGUCCGAUCGGUUUCUCCUCAUCUUUAUGCAAAUCACCAUCCAGGCACUUGAAAAAAAAAAAAAUCAAAGAGCAGCGGCGGCGGCGUCCGGCGCGCGACCACAUUAACCAUCGUAGUGGAAAACGAUGUAAAAAUGACCCGUUUCGG